AUGUCGAGUACAGGACCAUGGAGACAAUAUAAAGCACCAAAUGGACGCAAAUACUAUUACAACGCAGAAACAAAAACAACCACCUGGAUAAAUCCAUUUAGAACCCAGAAAACAACUAAGAAAGCGGUUUUUUCCAUCCCCUUAUUAAAUGAUUGGUAUUUGAUAAUAUAUGAUAGUGGUGAAAAAAUUUGGCUAUUUAAUAAUGUUUUGUAUUCAAGAUUGAAUGAUCCAGAUAGUUUGCAAUUACUGGAACAAUUAGAUAAAAGUUUAUUGGUUUUAUUGAUUGGGAUAUCUAGGGGUUAUAUAUCCUCAAGAGGUGCCGAUUAUGUCUACGAGAAGAUUUUACAAGAAAUUCAAGAUAUCAAAGACCAAUGGAAUAAUGAAAUCUUGGUAGACCCAAAAGAAUCUGGUGAAAAUGAUACAGGAACACAUGAAGAACAGAUAAAGGGGGGAGAGGAAGAGAAAGAGGAAGCAAAGGAUGUGGAAGAAAUAUCUGAAAGUAAAUCAACAAUUGAUACACUCAUAUCAGGUUAUUCUUCGAGUGAAGAUGACGAGAUAGAAGACAAUGAGCAUGUAAAUAAACAAAGGAAGAUUGAGGAUGAAUUCAGUGGCAGUAAACUCGAUGAAUCUAUAAUUAAUCAAUACAAGAAAAUGUUUACGAGGUAUAAAUUAAAUCCAUAUAGUUUAUGGUCAUUUGAAAUGGAUAAAUGUUCCAAAGAUCCGGUAUUUUAUCUUAUUGUCGAUGAUAAUGAUAGAGAAAUGGUUUUUGAGUCGUGGUGUGGAGACUUUCAAGUCAACACAGAUUUGAAUUCAAGUAAAGAUGAGAUUAAUAAUAGUGAUGAAGAUGAAGAACAAGAACAAGAAGAUGAUGAUGAUGAUUUGAUACCAACUAGGUUUCAUUAUUUGUCACAUAUAAUAUCUAAAUCUACUAUAAAAAGGGAAACAAUUUUUGAAGAUAUUAAAAGGGAACAAAAACCUUUAUGGAAGCAAUUUAAGAUAAAUAAAAUAAUACCAGAUAAGAAAGAACAAAGGGAAUUUGUCAUGAAGAUAUUAUUUUACUAUAAAAAAUAUACAUUAGAAGAAAGACAUAAGUUAUUUUUAAACUGGAUAACAAAAAAUUGCAAGUUAGAACACAAUGCAACAGAUAAGUUGAAACUACCUAUAAGCACCACGAAUCAUUGGAAAGAAUUACAUAUAAGGAAGGAUUCUUCAAGAGAUACAGAGACGCUAUUGUUAUCAUUAGAAAAGUAUCUUCACAUAUCUGAAGUGUUAGAAGAUGAAAAUAUCAAUCCAUUAGGAUAUUAUCUAUUAGGUAUAAAAGAUAAGUGUGACGUUUUAUAUAAUGUUGUUAUUAAAUAA